UAAAGAACUUACAGAGUACGCUGAGAGACUAGGAGAGGGAGAAUUUCGAUUUGAAAAACUUGUAAUCAAAGAUCAAAUUGUUUCGUUUCGAGAUCAAAUACAAAAUCUGGAAAACUUUUUUUUUUAAAUCAAUUUGGGUUCAGGUGCUCAAGACAGUGAAGGGUUUUAGUUUUGACUUUUGAGUUGAAAAUUAUCAUCAAUUCAUCAUCAUCAUGAUUUUUGUGGAUGGACUUCCCUUCUCUCUCAACUCUUCUUCAUCAUCAUCAUCAUCGUCCAAGUCUCAGCCAUCGGAUUUAUUAGUGGCAUUGAUGGAACACCAAGUUUUAGUGUCUGCCACACAUUCUUUCAAGUCUAUCCAGGAAAGGAAAGUCUCAGCAUCCAUGGAUUCCAAGCUAAUAACAUCGUCUAACAGCUCUAGAUAUGUUUACUUAUUCCAGAGGGAAUACGCUACUGUAGAUCCCUCACUUGUCCAUUAUGUCGGCACUGAUGAAGCCACAACCUGCGUGGGUGUUGUCAUUCGGAACCGAAAAAACGGGAUGACAUCCGUUUCCCAUAUGGAUUCUCCAAAAAUUGUAGAUAUUGGCUUCUACCAGAUGUUGGCACUAGUUGUUGAUCACAAUUUAGAUGCUGGUUUGGAUGUGCAUUUAGUCGGUGCUUUCGAAGAUGUUUCACCUAAUCAUGCUAGCGGCCGAAGUAUAUCACAGGGGAAACGAGAUGGUUAUUCCAUUCCUUUAUGCAGAAAAAUAGUGGAAACCAUGCAGAAGAGGCCGGAAAAAUUUCAUGUAAAGACUCUCUGUGUUCUUCGACAUAACACGAAAUACGAUUCUCAAGGAAAUGCGCUUCCCAUUUUCAAUGGACUCCUGGUGGAAACUUCUUCAGGAACCCUCAUCCCUGCCAGCUUUGAUAAAACUUCACGAUGCCCGGAUGAAAUUGUUCGGAGGCUUCGAGUCUCUUCUUCGCAUGAAGACCCCAGUUGGCAGGGAAAAUUACUGGAUACUUAUGACACUAAAACUGAUAGAUUCAUCAUUGCUCCUUGCAGUUGGACCAAACGCCUCGUACAAAUUGUUUUGUCACUUCAAAGCCUUUCUGAUUCAGAAAUACUUGCUUCAUGCUCUACUUCACCUCUUGCUGAGGGUCCAGAGUUUGUGGAUAAUGAGAGAAGGUUGUGGAACUAUCUAAUUAAGAAUCCAGACUGGAGAACGACUUUUCCGAUGAGGCAACCACGAGUGUUUGAGAGGACAGGUGACGGCGGCUGGAAAAGAGCUGGUUUGUCAUCACAAUGACAAGGAACAUACUCAACUCCAUUAAAGAGCUUACAAGUUAUGCAGUAAGCUUUCUGUUCAAUGUUGUAUGCAUCAUUGGGUUAAAUACAGGCCACAUUUUCCAUGAACAUGUGGAAAGAUGCCCAGAUUGCUUGGUUUCUCUCUCUCUCUUUUUUUUGCUUUGAUGAUAAACCCUGUAUUGGUAAGGUAAGUAGCUAAUUGAACUAUAAAUUGUGAAAAUAAAUGCUGGUGUCAUCUUUGUUGGUGGUGCAGGCGUUUUGAAUUUGCUCACCCUAAGGAUGUGUUUGGAAAGGGUGGAAAAAUGCAGGGAUGGAAAGAAAAUGAAAAAGUGAAAUGGAAAUCAUUUUGAGUA